CGAAAGCUCCGCUGCAGCACGGCUGCGCAAGGUCGGUGUCGUGAGCUGCUUUGCAGCGCGCCGCGGAGGUCUGGGUCCCCCCCCCGCGGGCCACCGAGCGUGGCGACGAGCACCCCCUGCGGCGCGGGCGCGAUGCCGGCCACGCUGGGCGUCGUGGGCAGCGCCACGGGGCGGGUUGAGCACCAGAGGGGUCACCGGCUGCUCCUGGAAUGGUGGGAGGCCGGCGUGGGCGUCGGCACCAUCGGCGCCGCCCUCGUGCGCGGGCUGUGCAGCGGGCCCGGCGGGCCCGAGCUCGUGGUCCUCUCGCCGCGGGGCGCCGGCAGGGCCGCCGAGCUCGCCGCGGAGUUCCCGGGCACCGUGCGCGUCGCCAGCAGCAACCAGGCCGAGGAGGUCCUGCGCGCCCUGUCGUUCCGCCCCGGACAGCAGGUGCUGAGCCUGGUGUCCACGCUGGGGCUGGCGCGCCUGGGCGAGCUGGCGUCACCCGCGGCGGACUGCGCCGUCGGCAUGCCUCUGCCCGCGGUCGCCGGGCGCCGUGGGACCACGCUGCUCGUGCCGGCGAGGCCCUUCGCGGAGGCGCUGUUCGCGGCGGUGGGCUCCUGCGUGCCGGUGGAGACGGAGCAGGAGUUCAAGCACAUGCAGGUCGUCACCGCGCUGAUGGGGGAUUUCUAUCCAGCGCGUCAGCUCACCGUGCAGCACUGGCUCGCGUCGCGCGGGGUGCCCGAGAGCCGUGCCGCGGAGUACGUCGGCGCACUGUUCGCCACUAUGGCGUCGGACAGCGCCGCGCUCCAGCCUGACACGCUGGAGCGGCUGAUCGGGGAGCAGACGCCCGGCGGCAUCAACGAGAUGGUGUGGAAGCAGCAGGACGCCGACGGCAGCUACGCGUCGCUGGAGUCCUCGAUGGAGGCGGUGCACCGCCGCCUGACCGCGGCCAUGGCCGCCCCCGCCGCCGACCGCGGCGCGGCGGACGGCGCCGUCGCCGACGCGGCCCUGCGCGCCCGCGGCGGCGCGCGCCGGCGCCGCGCGGGCGGCGGCUCCGCCCCGCUCGGGCGGCCUCGCCGGCGCUGCUCGGCGGUGCUGGCGCCCCUCCUCGCAGCGUGCGCGGGCGCGGCCGCGCGCGGCGGCCGCCGCGGCAGCUGCCCGGCGGCCCCGCGCGGCGCGGCCGGCGUGCCCCCCGGGCCGCGCCGCGCCGCGACGCGGGCCGUGCUCGGGUACGGGCUGCGGCAGUGGCCCGAGCUGUGGCGUGGGCGGCCUCGGGCGCCCGCCGCGGGUGCCCACCUCGUGCUCGGCGCUGCGGGGCUGGCGUGA